UAAAACUAGCAGAAGAAGACAGCCAGAAAUGGCAGUAUUUCUAUGUCGAUUGGCAUUUUCGUAUGAAUUUGACAGAUAGUUGUGCUGAAAACUGGAAACCACUGAAGGGAAAAGGAGAUAACAAAAACACAGACGAUAGAAGGAAAGGAGAAACAACAUUACCAUCAUGACGUCACUGGAACAUACGGAGACAAUUGACAUUAUUGAUAGUGACAGAACUGACAGCGAAGAUGUCGUGGAUCUUACAAGUGAAGUAACAGAAACAUCUGUGGUUGACUUGACAAACAAUGAUUCAGUUGUGUUGGUAGAUGAAGGUCCACAUAACCAUAGCGAUACAGAUGAUUCCCCAUGUGCCCUCAGGCCCAGAGUGUUGUCCUCUCCCCAUAGGAACACCAGCACCAGGUCUAAACCUGGUGUAGUAAGCUGUCCAAUUUGCUUUGAUACAUAUCCUGAGAUCUUGCACAGCGGCAGAGUAAUGGUGUCCACUCUGUGUGGUCAUACGUUUUGUAGUCAGUGUCUGCGUGACUCCCUUGCCCAUGCACACACCUGUCCAACUUGUAGAAAAAAGCUCACACACAGACAGUACCACCCCAUCUACAUUUGAUAAUGAGCACAUGUAGUAACUUUGAAAAUGUUAGUUGAAGUCUGUUCUGUAGAUAGUGUAUUCACGUUUAGUCCUGGUGCACUAUUAAGAACAUCAUUGAAUCUUAACCCUUGAUGAAGGGCUGAGUGCAUAUUGUGCACUUUGUUUGGACUUUUACUUUCUCAAUGUUGGAAAGAUCUUUAUGUGUGAAUUAUACUUUCCCUAAUUGUUGCAGUAACAUUUUGUUACAUUUGGAUGUACAUGCUUUUUUGUUUAUGUAUGUGUUUUGUCUGCAUUUUACCUUGAUUGAAUAAAUAAACAAUUUGAAUGCCUACAUUUCCCUCGGGAUAAAUAAAGUAUUUAUCAAUCUA